AUGUCUUCCGAACAUAUCGCAGUCCAUCUUCAACAGCGCCCCGAGGGAAAUAUUGUUCCUGGGGAGACCUUUGCUAUACGAAAGCAUCCUUCCCCCACUCCAGCAGAACUUCAAGACGGAGAUGUUGUCUUAGAAAGCCUUUAUCUAAGUCUGGAUCCUGGGAUGCGUGGCUGGUUGGACGAUGUACCAUCGUACAUCCCUCCAGUUGCAAUCGGCGAAAUCAUGCGUGGCCAUGUUUUGGGACGUGUGACUGCCUCGCGGUCACAGAAGUUUCCAGUUGGCUCCUAUGCUUUCACUAUGAUGGGCUGGACUGAGAAGGGAAUUGCUAACGAAGAGUCCCUGCAAGCUGUGCCUACGCCUGAUCCUACGGAUGGAGGCCGCUUAACUGAUUAUUUAAGUGUCCUUGGCUUCACAGGAAUCACUGCGUACGUGGGCAUGGUCGAAGUUGGCAAUGUCAAGCCCGGGGACUUUGUGGUUGUCUCUGGAGCAGCAGGAGCGGUAGGGUCUAUUGCUGGACAGAUUGCAAAGAUCCACGGUGCCACGGUGUACGGAAUUACUGGUUCGGAUGAGAAGUGCCGUUGGUUAGUUGAUGAUCUCAAAUUUGAUGGGGCGUUGAACUACAAGAGCGAAGAUUUCGCCCAAAAGUUCAAAGGUUUGACGGAAGGAAAGAUUGAUAUCUUUUACGACAAUGUCGGAGGAGAAGUCCUUGACUUAGCUCUUCUCUGCGCCAACAAGAACGCUCGAUUUGUCAUGUGCGGUGGUGUCAGUCAAUACAAUGAAAAAGAGGUUCAAGGGCCAAAGAACUACACGAUGCUAUGGACGAUGCGGAUUCGCAUGGAAGGCUUCCUUAUCUUUGAUCAUUUGGAUAAGAUACCUGAAGUCAGACGGAAGCUCAGUCAAUGGCUUGUGGAAGGUCGGUUGCAACGGAGGGAAACCAUUGUGCGUGGGGGUUUAUCGCAAGCGGAAACCGCCUUGAUGCAACUGUAUCAUGGGAUGAAUACAGGAAAACUGCUUGUUGAGGUAAAAGCUCCUUGAGAGCUACAAAGAUCUUCAUGGUACACAGGUUCGCCGAUGCUUCCUCUAGAGCAGUCUCUAUUUAUUUCUUGACCUGAUACUUUUGUUCAGAUUGGUGUAUAUCUAGUCUCUCAUAUAGCUCAG